AUGACGGCCCUGCAGCGAUGUGAGGAAGUCAUCCUCGGCCAAGACUACCAGGCAGGAAAGCUCCCCGAGAGCGAGCGAAGUCUGGAGGAGUUGCUCUUGGACUAUGUGGAGGGCUUCGGCCGCAGCGCCGCCUCCCAACAGGCCGAGGCUGCGACCGCCACGCGCCUGGCCUCGAGUUUUCUGCGGCGGGAGCUGCAACCGCGGCAGAUUCUCUUCAGAGCCGACGAUGCCGCAGACUCCAUCUUCGUGGUCGCCCGGGGAUCUUUGCGCACUUGCACGAAUCGCGAAUGGGUUGGCCGCUUAGGUGAUGCGACGGCGCUGCUGGCCUCUCCGCCGACGCUUCCAAUAGGCGCGGACUCGUGGGUACGAAGUGAGACGCCACCUAUUGCCGACUUCGAUGACUUCGACGGCGAGCAUGAGCUCGUCGGUGUGGGGUCUAUUUUGAACGACACGGCCUUCUAUGCGCGGAGGAAGUGCGGGGUCAAUGCAGCCGCCCAGGCUGGGCUGUCGUUCUAA